GUAGCCCACGCCCAUACCACGCCCAAAUAGGUGUGGCAUUCUCACGUGUAAACUUCAAAAAAUUAAGAACUAAAAAUGCAGGGACACCUAGGAGUCAGCUCAGCUACUGGUCAGCCUGGACUAGGAGGAGGAAUAGGUGGUGUUGGAUUGACUGCUGGUCUCAAUUUAGGAGGAGGGGCUAGACCGACUAAUCUUGGGAUCGGAAAACCAACUGGAACUGGUAUUGCUCAAACUAAUGUUGCUGGUUUGGGUAAUAUGGGGCGUGGCCUAAACACAGCUGGUAUAAAUCCAACUGGUUUAGGAGGUAGAGGAACAGCUGGAUUAAAUAUUGGAGGAACAUUGGGUGCUGGAACAUUGGGUGGUGGAGCACUGGGCGCUGGAACAUUGGGCGCUGGAACACUGGGAAGAGGAACAUUGGGCACUGGAACACUGGGCACUGGAACAUUGGGUGGUGGAACAUUGGGUGGUGGAACAUUGGGUGGUGGAACACUGGGAAGAGGAACAUUGGGCGCUGGAACAUUGGGUGGUGGAACACUGGGUGCUGGAACACUGGGCGCUGGAACAUUGGGCGCUGGAACACUGGGUGGUGGAACACUGGGUGGUGGAACAUUGGGUGCUGGAACACUGGGCGCUGGAACACUGGGUGGUGGAACACUGGGCGCUGGAACUUUGGGUGGUGGAACACUGGGUGCUGGAACUUUGGGUGGAGGAACACUGGGAGGAGUGGGUGGAGCCGGGAGAGGAAUGGGCGGUGCAUUGGGUGGAGUUGGGGGAGGUGCUAGUGUAUUAGGUGGAUUGUCAUUAGCAGGUGCCCAAAAAGGUACUGGUAAUCAAGGUAUAUUUACGACAGGUUCAAUGAACCAAUCCUCCAACCAGCAGCAGCUAAUUAAUAAUCAAUUAUUACUGAGCUCAAUCACUAUGCCGGCACUAUUUGGUGAUGAGAGAGACAUCAUUAUUAAGAAGUUCAAUCAGCUUGAAGCUUAUUGUGGUACUGGGAAAGGUAUUACAUGUUACGGUGGACAGCUGGUUUUUGUGGAGUUCCCUCCUAAUAAUCCUUUUGCUAGAUUUAAAACCAUAUGUUACAGUAGAUUGCCUACUGCUAGGAAUGAAGAUGGUCUUGUCACACUCCUCUUUAACAAACCACACACUGAACUCCUUCAAACUCAAGACUCACUCACUAAAAAGCUACAAGACAUUAUUGCUAAUCCUUCAGUACAAGUCAUUAUAGACAGCAUCAAACCGCUACCUGAUAAUAUGUCUGAGGUUACACUAUACAUAAUGGAGCAGUCAUCAUUAGGGAGUCUGAGUGUAGUACUGGCUAAUAUCACCUACAUACACUUACAGAAUCAAACCAGAAAAGUAACCGCAUGUACUUGUACUUGUAAUUAA